AUAGAAUGAUCUUUCAAUAGCAGCAGGUAAGAAGUUAACAUCUCCAGAUUAACAUCACUCGCUUGCGGCUUGGAGACCAAGAAGCCGUCCCUGCCUGGUCAAACUGACCACACGGCGGUCGGCAGGUUUUUCCCGUCAAAAUCAUCACAGUAGACCAAUUCUUCAACCUUCUCCACCUCGCAGCGAUUGCGAUUUCAUCGUAAUUCUCGAUAAUCGACUUCUAUUCCAGUGAUUUUUACUUAUAUGUACGUACACACACAUACAGACACAUAUACGCUGAAGAAGAAGAAAAAAAAUUGAAGGCAAGUGAUGGAAGAGGUGGAAGUGCCGAUUGAGGUGCGGGCAAUGGAAGCGCUAGGGUCGGGGUUUGAUCUGGCGAGCGAUUUCAAGUUGAAGUUCGCGAAGGGGAGGGUGGUGGCGUUGGACGAGAGAAACAAGAGGGACAUUGUGAUUCCCGGCGGCGGUGGCGGCGGGGUUACCAUACGGGGCGUGUCGGAGGACAUCCGGUGCGAUAAGGGGGACCGGAUGCGGUUCAAGUCCGACGUUCUCGAGCUCAAUCAGAUGUCAGAGCUGCUGAAUCAGAAAUCCUCAAUCCAAGGAAAAGUCCCUUCAGGCUAUCUUAAUGCUAUAUUUGAUUUGAGUGGAUCCUGGUUGAUUGAUGCUGCAGAUGCCAAAAAUCUUGCAUUUGAUGGUUACUUCAUCUCACUAUACUAUUUGCACCUAACAGCAUCUCCACUAGUACUCCAAGACACAGUGAAGAAAUCUGUUCCGUCUCAUUGGAAUCCAGCUUCGUUAUCUAGGUUUAUCCAGACUUAUGGAACACAUAUAAUCGUUGGGAUGGCUGUUGGGGGCCAAGAUUUACUUUGUGUAAAACAAAAGCCAUCAUCACCAAUUCCUCCUGCUGAACUGAGGGGAUAUUUGGAGGAUCUUGGAGAUUGUUUAUUUUCAGAUGGGAUGAGCCCUCCUUUACUAGAGAAGAAGACUACAAAUAACAAACAGAAGGUUCCCGAGGUCUUUAAACGUAUGUUGCAGUCUCACACCAUGCAGAUUACCAGCAUUACAGAAACUUCAAGCAAGGACGGCCUCACCAUUAUGUGGUCUAAAAGAGGAGGGGAUGUGUUCUCUUACAGCCACUCGAAGUGGCUUCAGACAGUAACUGCCAACCCGGAGCCAAUUCUCUUUAAAUUUGUACCUAUUACCUCUCUCCUUAGUGGGGUUCCAGGAAGUGGCUAUCUGAGUCACGCUAUCAACUUGUAUCUUCGCUAUAAGCCUGCUCUAGCGGAUCUGCAGUACUUCUUGGAGUUCCAAGUUCCUAGGCAAUGGGCACCUAUGUUCUGUGAGCUUCCUCUUAGGCAUCAAAGAAGAAACCUCUCUUGCCCCACACUGCAAUUCAGAUUCAUGGGUUCCAAGAUGCAUGUCAGCUGCGCUCAGGUUUCGACGGAUCAAAAACCAGUCAUUGGCCUACGCUUGUACUUGGAAGGGAAGAAAAGCAACCGGUUGGCAAUACAUGUUGAGCAUCUCUCCAGCGUUCCAAACAUUAUGACAUCUUCUCAUGAUCCCUCAAAAUGUAGACCCUGCCAAUGGCGCGGUUCUGAUGACUACGAUUUGAGCAACCAAUUCGUAGAGCCUGUAAGCUGGAAGAGAUAUUCAAACAUAUGCUCAUCUGUAGUUAAGCACGAUCCAAGCUGGAUACGGGGACAAAAAAAUCCUGGUGUUUAUAUAGUAAGUGGUGCACAGCUCAUCAGCAAGAAAGUUGGGAAGUGGCCAAAGACCGUACUUCACCUGCGGUUGCUCUUCACCCACCUCCCUAACUACACCAUUCGCAAAACAGAGUGGGCGGCUGCACUGGCGGCUACUCGCAAGUCCAGUCUGCUCAUGAAUCUAAGUACUACUUUCACCUUUACUCAGAAAACAGCUACCGACGCCCCCCCAAGGCAGCUUCCGGCUGCGCUGAACUCAGGUGUCUAUCCAGGGGGGCCACCAGUGCCGGUUCGCUCUGCGAAGCUACUAAAGUAUGUCGAUACAGCUGAGGUCGCGCGGGGCCCACAUGAUGCUCCAGGGCAUUGGUUGGUUACGGCUGCUAAGCUGGUGACAGAGCGUGGUAAAAUAGGUUUGCAUGUAAAGUUUGCGCUUUUGGAUUAUGAAGCACCGGAAACGUAGCUUGUGUCGUCCUACAUAGGGAGUGGAUUUGGUUUUCGUAGUUUGUUUUAUUUGACAUUUAGUUCAUAUGAUCAUUUUUUUUUCCUUUUUUUUUUCGCUUUGUACAGAAAGAAGAAAAUCAAUUUUCCCAGUUUGGGCGAUAUCUUUCUCUGGUUUUAUCAUUUUCUCUUCUCAUCAA